UAACCUAUUCAAUCGCAUUACGCACAUCUGUGUCAGAGCCUAUUUUAAGCCUCUGUUUACUAUAACUAUAUAUUGGAAAUAAGGAAUUGUGUCGCGAUAGUUUAUAUUUAUUACGAAAUUAUGUAUUUUCACAACUGCCUUAUUUAUUCGUUAACAUAAGGUACAAAAAUAUUAAAGUUGCAAAUUAUGAAAGUUGUAUAUGAUUUUAAGUAGUGUUGUGAAUAAGCACGGACAAAUCGUUUGUGUAAUUCUUAUUUACGAAUAAAUAUCAUAAUGAGAAGAAAUACUAAUGGAGAGAAGUAUUAUAUAUCCGCACGCUGCCACCUUAUUUGCUGCUGUUUGUGCAAGUAUUUUCACUGUAAUAGGAAUUUUUGGCAACUUAAUUACAAUCAUUGCAUUACUGAAAUGCCCUAAAAUAAGAGGACAUGCGACCACAGCCUUUAUUUUGUCCCUCAGUGUAUCGGAUCUUCUUUUUUGUUCCAUUAGUUUACCUUUAACCGCUGUGAGAUACUAUGAAGAAAAGUGGACUUUUGGAGAAACGCUUUGUAAAAUAUUUCCAAUAAUAUUUUAUGGCAACGUUGCUGUAUCCCUUUUAAGCAUGGUUGGAAUCACAUUGAAUAGAUACAUUCUGAUUGCCUGCCAUUUGUUAUACGUGCAAAUAUAUAAACGGAGUUAUAUCUUACUACAACUUGUUUUUAUCUGGUCAGCGUCAUUUUUAAUGCUCCUGCCACCUAUUUUGGGAAUUUGGGGAGCGAUGGGACUUGACGAAGCCACAUUUUCCUGUACUAUUUUAAAGAAGAAUGGAAAGUCGAUCAAAAAAACUUUGUUUCUGAUUGGAUUUCUUUUGCCAUGCAUAGUUAUAAUAGUUUCAUAUUCAUGCAUUUAUUUAACGGUUUUACGGCAAAAAAGAAAAAUGGACACACACAGAAAUUAUAAAGUUUCACCAAACGAAUCAGUAUUGACUGCUCGAAAGCACAACGAAGAUAACAGGUUAACAGUAAUGAUGGUUACCAUAUUCGGUUGCUUUCUUUGUUGUUUUUUACCAUUAAUGCUGGCUAAUGUAGUGGACGAUGAAAGGAAAACUAAUUAUCCUUGGUUUCACAUUAUAGCAUCGGUAAUGGCAUGGGCUUCGAGUGUUAUUAAUCCGAUUAUUUAUGCAGCAAGCAACAGGAAUUAUAGGAUAGCAUAUUACAACACCCUAAGGCAUUUAAAAUUCUGGGGCAAACCGUUGACAUCAAUUCAUAGCAGAAGUAUCCACCCAAGCAAGAAUGAGGAUUACACCGGACCAAUCAGAAGUAUACCUUUGUUCCAAGUUGCUAGUAAUAAUUUGUGCCAAACAUACUCAGUUUAGUAAUUAAAAACAAUUUUAUAGUAUUAUAUGCAUAAUUAUAAAGUACAAUAAAAAAAACAUUUUUGAUGAA